CUGCCCUGCCUCCUGCCUUCUGCUUGUUUUGUUUGGAACAUUCAAGCGAAACGUCAGUCAGUUCAGGUUUUUGAUCCGACACUUUUCUCCUGUGUUCCAUCGUCUGUCAAAGAAUCAUGAAGUCGACCGUGGUAGACCCUUGGAGGAGGGACUCGGAGGAAACUGGUGUAGAAGAAAUCACGCAGGAUUCGUCGAUGUGCUUUGAGGACAGUUUUGUUGCUGACAGCAUUGACAACCUAGAGGAGGCCCCACCAAGCCGUUUGCCCGAUUCAGCGGAAUACCUGGCGUCUUUGGAAAGCAAAUUGGAAAGGCUGAAGUCCAAGCGAAAGGGAAAGGAUAUUGUCAAGUCAUUGGAGGAAAGAAACAAGUCUUCGAUGAUGAACUUCCUUUCAAAUGGAAAUCAAAGUGUCCUUGAUGAUGAUGACUUCAUCUUAGAUACACCAGUCGGCAACAGCCAUCCUAUAAUGAGAUAUGUCGCCCCAGACAAACAAGCUCUGACAUUAGGAGAAUUGGUGGAACUUUUAAAAGCAGAUCACCUAGCUCAAGUUCUUGAGCAGCAUGACUCGGCAGUCGACUCAGACGAAGAGAAGAAAUCACAGGAGACACCUAAUUGAACUGUAUUUGGUCCAGAACCUCAACUCUGUUAUAUGUUAUGAUUUUGUAUACUUUCUUUUAUAUCACUAGGCUGGUGAUGCCAUACUGUCACUUACCCAUUUAUAUUCCUGGGUAGUUCUUAACCAUGUAAAUAAGGUCAUUAAGGAUAAAAGAUAAGUGGUGGUUUGAUACAAAAGCCCAUUUAUUAUGUACAUAUAUUAAUCAUACACAACAAUAACAUGUGCAUUAAAUAAUUGUAACAAACAUGUAGAAUCACA